CGGAGACUUAGAAUCAGAAUCGAGAUGCUUACAUGAUCACGAGACCUCGCUUUCCCAUGUACCACGUCUUUCUAGGAGCUCCUUCUGCUAAAUGUCUUUCAGAGUCUUCCAGAAAGAACCUACAAUAUACAUGGACAAAGGUAUGCUCUCCUCAGGAUGUUACAAAUGGGCCCCCGCUCUCUCUAUCUUUGCCGUAUUCCCUUCCGCCGCCUGCGACAUUGGAAGCCGCAAGUCGUCGGAUAUCUUUGAUCUACCAGAACGCCAUUUUUCAAGAUACUGAAUCUGAGGAGGAACCAGAGGAGCUGCAGGAAGAAGACGCGUCGACUUUCAUUACUUGGCCUCCAACACCUAUGGUCGGCGAAGAAAACUCGAAAGGAAGCAUUAGGCUGAACAACUCCAGAUCAUUUAUCAACACCACUACCCGACUUGAAUCUCAACUUGAGACUCAAGAAACGCAAGAAUCUCAAUCACUCAAUUACUCCGAUUCAUCUUCCAUUGCUCGGUUCCCAAAGUUCCAUUUUAAUCUCCACUCCAUUACAUCUCUUGCUGUCAUCCGAAAAUCAGGCAAGACUGUAUCUGGUAGUACCAAAGUCAAUGUACUUCUUGCUGUUCUGGAAGUCGAGGGCCCGGAUACGAUCCGGACGAAAAAGGGCCCCGACGCAGGCAAGGAGAUUUCAAUUCUAAAAAUGAUAUUGGGCGACGAGGAUGGUUCUCUGUCUAAACUCACUGCCUGGAGGGAGACGGCUGAUGUCUGGGGUGGUUCCGGACCGAAGGAUGUAGCAGCAAAACGUGGAGAUGUGGUUCUCGUUCAAAACGUAACGGCUUCGCAUGAUCCCUCGACUUCACCGACACUUACUGCGUCACCCAAUCUCAAAUCCAAACUUGAAAUUUGCUAUCGUACCAUGCCCUACGCCCAUGAAGAUAUGCAGUUAAGACCAGAUCUUCGACUUGGCGGCAGCGAUGCCAGUGUGCGCAAGGUUGCGUCCCUCGUGAGAUGGUUUGAAAGAAUGGCAGGACUUGUCGCCGUAUAGAGCAUGUAAAUGCCAUCCACUUCGCCUGACUGUUACAUCUAUUCGUUCGGAAAUGAAUUCACGAUUCACGUUACAUAUCCAGACAUAUCCGCUUCCAGAGCUAACAUUGAAGAAUCCAAGUCGUCGCGGGCUUGAUUCGAAUUCGUAAUGCCUCACGAAAGCUUGAUGCGGGGUAAAAUGCGGAACUCCAUAGAUUUCCGGAAAAUUGUCGUAACUCGGUGCAGACGUGUACAGAGAGGUUGAUGUACUUAUUAUGUAGGUGAAGUUGUACGUACAUUACCCACAACCUCGUCGUACACUCCUUUUGACAUAAAAUCUAC